CCGACCUCCAGUCUCUUCAGUCUUGCUUCAGACAUCGGUGGGAGUGGUAGUUACGUGCGCCGCAGAUAGUCUUCAGGUCGCAGUUCUAGUGAGUGUUGUGGACUUGUUUCAGUUAGUGACUUUCUGGAGGUGUUUGGAUUUUCGUGAUUGAACUUCUGAUGGCUUCAAUGCGGUGACGGUGCGGUGAUAUUUAGUGUUAAAGAUGGCAGCUUCAAGGACGCUCUUAUCAGUGUUUAUCGCUCUCAGUUCUGUCAUCUUACUCUCCGAGGCCCAUGUGGCCCUCACCUUCCCACCUGCUAGGAAGUAUGACCUGGACUUCUUGGACAAUAGCAGGACCAAAGGCCCCUGUGGCAUGCCAAAGGGGUCGGUGAGGACGAGUCUGCUGGCAGGGUCGACCUUCAACAUCACCUGGCAUCUGGCCUAUCCUCACCGCGGAGGAUUCAAGCUUCAGGUGUUGGACAACCUCCUGAGGCCUGUGGUAGAUCUGACUCCUGUGACCAGAGACUCCGAGUUCGUCAGGGUCGAUGCCACGGCUCAAGCCUUCAAUGUGAGGUUACCUUCCGACUUCGAGUGCAACGAUUGUACGAUAAGGUUACAGCGGGAGGCUCUAGAGUGGGGCAAGUCCUAUCGGUUCUGGUCCUGUGCAGACGUUGACAUCAAGAAUCGCAAGGCGUACAAGGAAGACUGCAGCGGACAUGGCCGCUAUUUGCUGUCCAAGUGCCGCUGCGAUCGUUUGUACUAUGGAGCACGUUGUCAGUACCGAGACGAGUGUACAGACAACAGCGACUGCGGCGACAGAGGCCGCUGUGUGGAUGUCCAAGCUACCACUGCUCCGCGCAGGCAGUGCUAUUGUGAGCUGGGCUGGUUCGGCCCGGGCUGUACCAAACGAUCACCUGUAAAAUCUACUGAAGUUGAUUUGAGCGGACAUAAUCAUAGAGAGUUGAGCCCUGGUCUCCAGCUCUACUGGAGAAUUCUGAAGGAGGACCAAGAGAUAGAAGUGGUGAUGGUAGCUAAUGGAACCAGUUACUUGGGAUUGGGAUGGAGGCCUAGUGGUCUUACUCCAGCAUGCAAGAACUUCCCCACGAUAGAUGACCUCCCAGGAGCUGUCACUGCUGAUCCCAACCAGUCUCCUAAGAGUGAACCGGAACCCAAAUCUGAGCCAGAGCCCUCAAGUGAACCAGAACCCAAGAGUGAACCUGAGCCAAAAAGUGAGCCAGAGCCCAAAAGCGAACCUGAACCUAAAAGUGAACCAGAACCCAAGAGUGAACCAGAACCCAAGAGUGAACCAGAACCCAAGAGUGAACCAGAGCCAACAAGUGAACCAGAACCAAAGAGUGAGCCUGAACCAACAAGCGAGCCAGAACCUACAAGUGAGCCUGAACCAAAAAGUGAACCCGAACCAAAGUCUGAACCCAAACCAAAUGGAUUGCGUAAUCCUAAACGCAUUGUAUCUUCACGCGACACUACUAACCAACAGGUACCUGACACCAAUGAUCACCCUGAAGUUUCUGUGGCCACCAGUGUAUCUUACCGUGUCAGCUCCUCCCAAGGCAAUAGAGGAAAGAGAGCUGCCAUGGAAGAUGAAACUGUUGCUAGAAAUACUGAGCCUGCACCUGAGCCAUCUUCUGAACCUGAACCCAAAUCCGAACCUGAGCCUAAAUCUGAACCAGAACCAAAUUCUGAACCGGAACCUAAAUCUGAACCAGAUCCCAAAUCUGAACCAGAACCAAAUUCUGAACCAGAGCCUAAAUCUGAACCAGAACCCAAAUCUGAACCAGAACCUAAAUCUGAACCAGAACCUAAAUCUGAACCAGAACCUAAAUCCGAACCAGAACCCAAAUCAGAACCUGAACCCAAAUCUGAACCUGAACCUAAAUCUGAACCUGAAUCCAAGGGAAAACUUCAAGUAGCGCCAUCAAAAGAGCAUGGUAAAGAAGGAAAAGGGUCAGUUCUUAGACCAUAUACUCCCCGACAUGACUUCAAUGCUAUGGACUGCACUGACAUUGUGAUCGGUAUGGCAAGAGAUACAGCCAGCAGAAUCUGGGACUACUACACCAGAGAUAGGUCAACACCUCGACUUGACACCUUCUGGGGUGGAAAAAAUGACCUCACAGCAGCCAUGGGAUUCGAGAAGGACGGAGUAACAACAAUUCUAUUCCGGAAGAAAAUCAAGGCGACAGAGCCUACUGAUCACACCAUUGAGGAGGGCCUCAUGCACGUGAUCUGGUCCAGAGGGCAAGAGCCUGGGAAAUUUGUCCACAGCCCCAAGUCUGGUCUGGAGAAGGAUUCUGCCACUGUAAAGGACUUCUAUAAACCCGACGAACUCAAGUACCACGGACAUGGAGAUCAAAGAGGAGUUACAAGCAUAAACUUUUUUGAGAGUCCAAGUGAUGUAACAGUGGGUGAGGAUGGGAAGGAGGUGGCAGGACCUAAGAUCACCCCUUGUUCUGGCUUCUGGGCAUCGCCAAGGGGCUGCGAUUUGACCAAGGGUGCCUGUGAAUACCACGUGGAGUGGGAAUACUUCCCACGCAAGGAUGAGAUCAAGUUCACUAUCACAACAACCAACACUGAAUCAUGGACGGGCAUUGGGUUCUCUGAUGACCAGAAAAUGUCUCAGACAGAUGCUGUGCUGGGAUGGGUGGAAAAGUCUGGCCGUCAUUUCCUCAUGGAUACCUGGAUUGGAGGUUACACCUCCCCUCUCUUGGAUACCUCCCAGGACAUCUACAACAAGACAGGGAGGAUUGAGAAUGGAGCCACAAUCCUGUCUUUUGUGCGGAAACGUACUUCUGCUGACCCUAGGGAUUACUCCUUCACCGAUGAGAAAUGUUACUACAUGAUGUUCCCAGUGAAGGGAGGGAUAUUCAACCCAGUCAACAAGAAGAUCAGGAAGCACCAGGCCAUCCCUAACAUAUCGGCUCAGAGGAUUUGUAUCCGAUCUUGUGGAGCAGGAGAAGAAAUAACGACUACACCCGAACCGCCACGUAUAGGAUACAAUGUAGCUAUCAAACUGAUCCAGCUGGGGCAGAAUUAUCAGGCUCCAGCUCCUGGAUCUCCAGACUUUGACCUGUUAGCCAACACUGUCAGUGAUGGCUUCAAUAGAGCUUUGGUGAAGAUUCCUGGCUUUUACAAGAUGUCAGUCAAAGAGUUUCAGCAAGAAAGUGACAAUGUGAUAGCCAAGCUCAGUCUUGAGCUGGACGAAGCCAAGCUGGAGCGAGGCCGGUCUCUGGAGGACUCCCAGGAGUCUGUGGUGCAAGUCCUUAACGAGACGGUGAUCAGUGGCAAGGUCGGAUCUCUUACUCUGGAUCCUCAAUACCUGAAGGUGGACCCUGUUGAGAUCACAACAAAUCUGAUUGAUGAUGAACCAUCUGAAAGUCAAACUCUGCUUCUGUCUGCGACCAAGCUAUGGAUUGUGAUUGGUUGCAUCAUUGCUCUGGUGGCCGUAGCCAUUGUACAGGCAGGCUGCACUAUCUACCGCACCAUGAAACAUCCUAGCCCUAACAAUAAGGAUAACCUGAUUCCUAACUCGGCCUGGAAAGAUUACUCUGCAGCAAAUACCAAUUAUGCCUUCGAGGCGUUUGAAGCAGAGGAGAAGCAACCAGGUUCCAUCGCUCACACAAACGGUUCGUCUCGCUCGACCAUGCCACUCACCUCUAAACCGAUGCCUCCUCAAAAUCCCAGUCAUCCCCGAGAGCCCCCACAUGGGUAUCAUGAGCGGGGGAGCCACCACUACGCAGAUACACGAUCCCUGCAGCGGCCCCGCUACUCCAGCCAUGGACCUCCCCAGCAGGAGCGGAGCACAUACUCCCUUCCCCGCCAUGCCAACCAGCCGCCCCCACCACCUCAUCACAAUGGGUAUUACACCCACCGCCCCCCUCGCCCCCACAAUGAUCAAUUACAGCCUGAUUUCUACUUUAUGCCAUCUCAGCGCAAAUACUCAGGCGAGGUUGUUCGUGUUUAUGUCGACUACAAUAACCCCAGAAAAUAAAAGAAAUUAAUGCUACCUCAUGGUGUUUCACCUUAUUGCAAUUAAAUUUGUUUCGAUGUAAGUGAUACUACCGUACGACAUAAAAAAUGGCUGAAACGGCAUAUUAGUUCUUGAGCAAAUUUUCCAGUGAAUAAAUUGAAAACUUUAAGCCAUUCUACAUUUAAUGUUUCUACAGACAUCAUGAAGUAUGACGAGAUUAUGUGAUUGUUAUGGUAUGGCAAUUCGAAAUACAAAACAGGACAACGAAUUUGAACUGUUCAUCAAACAUCACGUAUUUUUGUUAGGUUAUGUACAUACCACUACCACUCUUGAUUUAUAGUGAAUACAUUGUUCAUUUAUGAAAUUAAUCACAUUUUGAUAUGUAUAACUUAGAUUUAAAUCUAAUGAUUAUGUUGUAAUUUCAAAUAACAACGUCUGAUUUUAGAAAGUUAUUAGGAAAGAUUUUAAAACAUAGUAAUUCUAUAAACAUGUUAGUUAUGCUGUGAUCUCAGUCAAGAUCCAGCCUUACUCAAGACAGUCUUAUGGUGCUACAUCAAUGUAUGUAUACACACAAGUAUUAAUUACAGUAUUAUAGCUUCCUGUUUUUACUACUGACUCCAUCAAAUAUGUUUCAAUAUAAGGUUUAAUGCUACUUAAAUCUCAAUGAACAAAACAAAUGGAAUUUGUUAUACAGCAAUUUUUGUCUUCUUAUUUACAUUGUAAAUUAACCAUGAAAAAAAUAAUAAUUUUAAAAAUACAUUACUCCAGAAGUCUUAUUAUCCAAACUGGUAUUUUAACUGAAGCUGUUUUAAAGAAAAUAUAAGUCCUUUGGAAGAAAGUACAAAAUUGUGCUGAAAAUAUUGUUUAUGUUUAUGAUUUGCAGAGCCAUUAACAUGGCUCUACUGACUAAUAUUAGUUCAAGCAAUAAAUAUUACAAGGCUAGUAAUACACCUGUAGGUUGCAGCUGAGUAUUGCAUAAUUUGAUUGUAUAAAUAAACCAUUCUUAUUAAUCAAUAUUGAGUUUUUUCAAUAAGUUAAGAUAUUUUAUCGCAAUCUCUGUAUUAUUAAAAAUUUUCCAUGCCUCCUGGUAGUUCUGGGUCCUGUUUAGGUCAGUUAAUUAGAUUCUAUUAAUAUUUUAUCACUUUUAUAUUCAUAUAACAAGGUUCAGAAAUUUAAUUUCAACUUGGGAAAGUAAUUUUUAAAAUAAAAGUAACAAAGCAUAUAUCAUAUACUGUUUUCCUGUCUAUACAUCUUUUUUAUAUUAUUAUUUUAUUACAAAUCUUUGUUAAAUGAGUGUAAUAAUGUUUUAUUUGUUAACAUGAAAAAUUAUUUUAACACAUUGUGGAAAUCAAAACAACACAAAACUUGUCAUUCUAUUAUUGUAAAGAUUGUGUACAAAACAAAACUUAAUAGUAAAUUAUCAAGUUUGCUAUUUAGUUUGAAGUAUUUAUAAUAUUUUUUGGGAAUUAUGGUGAUUUUAUAUGGCUUUGAUUUUUAUCUUUCCAAUCCAUAAUAAUACCUCAGUUUCAAUUUGGAAAAACAUUACUGUUAUUUUUGACUGUACAAAGUACCUAAUCUAGUAGCUAUAUAGUCAAUAUGAGUUAAUCCUGGAGCAAAUAUUAUUUUAUACCUAAGAAUUAUUUUACUGUAAAUAGUUAGUAUGAAAGUGCCUGUUUAUAGGUUGUUAAAUUUGUAAAUACUGCAGUAUGUAAUUUUAAUUGAAGUGAAUAAGUUUUAGGCAUAUACUUCAGAAUAUAUCAAGGGCAUAAAUAGACUAUAGAAGUUAUUUAAUGAAAUAUGUUUGUAAUUUUAAAAUAUUUAAACAGUGUAGUUUUGAUUUUUUGCAAUAGCUGAAGUAUUUUGUCUAAAAUUUGCCAGUUCAUAGCAUUACCAUUUUCUACAUUAGUCUAACGUUUGUACAUAAGCUGUAACUGUUGCUCACAGAUGAUGAUAUUAUAAUUUGAUAAUGUACAGAGCAAGUGAAAGAUUGAAGUAAAUAUUGUUUAAUA